CGGAAGGUGAAAAGAGUCUCAAGUAAAUAAAGCAUGGAGAAUAAAACAGAAAAUAAAAUACCCAAACAUAAAUCUAAAAAGAACAGAGCAACUAAACUUAUUUUAUCUUUUGAUGAAACAAGACGAAGAGAUUACCUGACAGGCUUCAGAAGACGUAAAAAGGAAAGACAAACCCAUUAUAAGGAGAAAUUAGAAAAUAAGAUAAGAAAUGAGAAGAAAGAAUUCAGAAAAGAAGCUAAAGAACUCAUGUGUAAAGCUCAUUUAGAGCCUGAUAUGUUACCUGAUGUUCAAGACUUAGUAAAGCCUACUGUUGUUGAUCUACCAGAACAUACAGUUAUUAUAACAGAUAUAACAGAAGUGGAUUUCUCAGGUGGAUGUGGUCUAAGAUUGGGUAAAAAUCUGGUAAAUGAUGCAAAAGAAGAUUAUACAUCCGAGUACAAACAAAAUAAAGAUGUAAAAGAAUUAACCAAACAGAAGUCAGCUAUGAAGAAAAGAAUGGAGCACAUCAGCACAUUGGAAGUAAAACACAAGAUGAUAACCGAUAAACUUGAAUGUAAAGCAAAAAAUAAACAUAAAAAACGUCGCAGGGGCAACAAGUCAAAGAUGAAGAAAGGAAACAAGAAAGGCGGUAGAAAGAAAUAAUUGAUUUUGUCUUUAACUUAUCCUGUAAAUAAAAUUAUGUAGUUAUUACCAUAAUGAAUAUAUAUGUAUUAUCAUAAUAAAUACAGAACUUGAAAGUGUU